UGAAGGCAUCAAUAGGGCACGGCACUUGCAUAAACCCACAACUGAACCGCUACUUCGAUACAGAUGCAGCUUGCGUCGUUCCCUGGUGUGAUGCUGGCCACGGUGCUCUUGGUCAGUUGUCUCCUCUCCCGCCACCGCAGCCGCGGCUACAACCUCCCUCCAGGCCCAAAGCCGUGGCCGAUCAUAGGCAACCUCAACCUCAUCGGCAAGCUACCACAUCGCUCUAUCCACGCACUCUCUCGGCAGUACGGCCCGCUGAUGCACCUCCGUUUCGGGUCGUUCCCUGUCCUGGUCGGCUCGUCGGUGAAGAUGGCCAAAUUCUUCCUCAAGACCCACGACGUGGCCUUCACAGACCGCCCCAAAACCGCCGCCGGUAAGUACACCACCUACAACUACAGCGACAUCACCUGGUCCCCCUACGGCGCCUACUGGCGGCAGGCCCGCAAGAUGUGCCUCACCGAACUCUUCAGCGCCAAGCGGCUCCAGUCGUACGAGUACAUCCGCAGCGAGGAGACGGCGGCCCUCGUUCGCGGUCUGUACGGCGGCGGCGCUAGCCGCGUGCUGGUGCUCAAGGACUACCUGUCCACGGCGAGCCUGAACGUGAUCACCCGCAUGGUGCUGGGCAAGAAGUACCUGGAGAAGGAGGUGCGGAACGGAGCUGGCGUCGUGAUCACGACGCCCGAGGAGUUCAAGUGGAUGCUCGAUGAGCUCUUCUUCCUCAACGGCGUCUUCAAUAUCGGCGACUCAAUUCCAUGGCUCAACUGGAUGGAUCUGCAGGGGUAUGUCAAGAGGAUGAAGAAGCUGAGCAAGAUGUUCGACCAGUUCCUGGAGCACGUGGUGGAUGAGCACAGCGAGCGCCGACGCCGCGAGGAGCAGAGCUUCGAGAGCAAGGAUAUGGUGGACGUGUUGCUCCAGUACGCCAGCGACCCCAGUCUUGAGGUCAAGCUCAACAGGGACAGCGUCAAGGCUUUCACUCAGGACCUCAUUGCUGGCGGCACUGAAAGCUCGGCGGUCACAGUGGAAUGGGCCAUCUCAGAGCUUCUGAAAAAGCCAACGUUGUUCGCCAAAGCAACCGAGGAGUUGGACCGUGUGGUGGGGCGAGCACGGUGGGUCACCGAAGAGGACAUGUGGAGCCUUCCCUAUGUAGAGGCCAUCAUGAAGGAGACCAUGCGGCUGCACCCUGUGGCACCAAUGCUUGUGCCCCGCCUAUCACGCGAGGACACGUCCAUAGAUGGCUAUGACAUCCUAUCCGGCACACAAGUGCUAGUCAGUGUGUGGUCCAUUGGUCGCGAUCCAGAGUUGUGGGAAGCACCAGAGGAGUUUAUGCCAGAGAGGUUCCUCGACAGUAGGCUAGACGUCAAGGGGCAGGACUAUGAACUGCUACCAUUCGGUUCGGGCCGAAGAAUGUGCCCUGGAUACAAUCUAGGGUUGAAAGUGAUCCAGCUGAGCCUUGCCAACCUUCUUCACGGCUUUGUGUGGAGGCUCCCUGAUGGCAUGGAACUAAGCAUGGAUGAGAUCUUCGGGCUUUCCACACCACGCAAGUUCCCACUAGAGGUUGUAGUGGAACCCAAGCUACACACUCACCUAUAUGCAAAGGCUUGAAAAGUUGAUAUGCAUGAUCUCUCAUGUAUUGACUAAAUAGUUAUUGCUUGUUUUAUAUAAGUAAACAAUCAUAAAGUUAUGAUAUUAAGAAAAA